UCGCUGAAGUCGGAUGACUGGAAGGCCCAUUGGCUGGAACGGAUUGUUGGAACAGAAUAGCCUUGGAAGUAGCGGCAUGCACCAAAAAUUAUAAACUGACAUUCCACUGGCCCAGAACUGUCUGUGUUGCAAAACGCCUCAUUAGUUUACAUAACAUGUUUAUAGGGGACAAAACUUUAGUUUUUUUUCAGAAAAAAAAUCUACCUAGUGCUGCUUUGAGUUUUAAAAACGCGAGUUUAUUUGGCCUAAAACGUGAAGGUAUUACAAACAAUACCGUUGGCAGAAAUUGUUUCAAAGACAUUCGAGGAAGCCAGGAAAUUGUAAAUCACAUUUGGAUUUGUUGCAAAUGCAGCCGGUGCUCCCCCGCCCCUCUGGCAUACAUCGGUCUGAGGGCGAUCGGACUCUGUCCCCACCCAGAGAAGAGAGAUGGCUGAUGCCGUGGAUAAGGACGAGCAGUCACCCUUCUGUAAGAUCAUCAGAAUUACUGUGAAAACACCAAAGGAAAUAAAGGAAAUCGCCGUUCCAGAUAACAGCACUAUCAUACAGUUUAAGGUGCAGUUAGCCAAGCUGUUCGAGGCACAAACAGAACAGCUGGUGCUCAUCUUUGCCGGGAAGGUUCUUAAAGAUGCAGAUCUGCUGAGUCAUCAGGGCGUCCACGAUGGACUGACCGUUCACCUGGUUACCAAGACACAGAGCGGAAAUGCUUCUGAACGUGCCCAACCUGCAGUUCCUAUCUCUGACCUAGGACCUCCUACCCAAUCAACCCUCCCUCCCUCCAGCCUGGGUGGGAUUGGCAGUCCAGGGCUGGUGGCUGAGAGGCCAGGUCUCUCCGAGCCACAGCAACAGAUGCACAGGCAACUGAUUUCCAGUCCGGAGGUACUGACCCAGGUUAUGGACAACCUGGUGUCCAACCCAGACAUGAUGAGGCAGAUCACCAUGGCAACCCCCCUGCUGCAGCACGAACCUUACAACUCCCACCCACUGAGCAACCCCGAUGUCAUUAGACAGAGCCCGGAGAUGUCACAGGAGCCGACAGUGGUGCAGGAAAUGUUGAGGAACCCGGAGAGGUCACCCAGCAACCCUGAGAACAUCCCAGGUGGCAACAGUGCCCUCCGGAGGACAGACCCUCUACAGGCAAUUGCAGGAAACCCAUCAGCCUCUCUGAUGACCUUGAUGUCACCUGCAGUGGAGAACGGAGACCCUCUCUAUGAGCCUGUGGUCCUGCCUGCUUCCACAGACACCUCUGUAGGCACAGCUACACCCAUCAAUACCUCCAGCCAACACAGCACCGGCCCUCAAAGCACCAUCCUGCUUAACCUGGGCCCAGAUAUGGAGGGCAUGCAGAGUCUACUGCGGCAGAUUAUGGAGAACCCUACCCUGAUGCACAGCAUGCUGUCUGCCCCUUAUGUAAGGAGUCUCCUCAACAGCCUGAGCCAGAACCCUGAUUUGGCAGCACAGAUAAUGCUGACCAGCCCUCUGUUUGCUGGGAACGCCCAACUGCAGCAGCAGAUGAGACGUCAGCUCCCUACAUUCCUCCAACAGAUGCAGAAUCCCGAGAAGCUGUCGGCCAUGUCCAACCCCCGGGCACUACAGGCUUUGAUGCAGAUCCAACAGGGCCUGCAGACCCUCGCCGCUGAGGUGCCCGGAUUCAUACCCGGGGUUGAACUGGGAGGUGGACUGUCAUCAGACCACGCCCCCAGUGACCUCAGCAGUGCACAUGUAGCCACGGAACCAGGUCAGCUGCAACAACAGCAGUUUGUGCAGCAGAUGCUCGAGGCUCUUGCCAGCACCAGUCAUCAGUCUCACAGCGAAGAGAUGCAGUUUCAGCAGCAGUUGGAGCAGCUGACUUCAAUGGGCUUCCCGGACCGGGAGACCAACCUGCAGGUCCUCGUAGCAACCCAGGGAGACGUCGACGCUGCCAUAGAACGGCUGCUGGGCUCACAACCCUCGUAACAAACACACACAUGCACGUGCUGUUCAGCGCAGUAACUGUCACGACGCGCACACACAUCCGUUGGGCUGUGCACACUUACCCGUGCAAUCAUGCAGGAUCAGGGGUGCGCAUGUCCUUCCCCCACAGUGACACACUGAAACAUUAACAUGCACUCACGGAAGUAAUUUCAUUUCAGUGUUCAAACUGCAGAACUGUGAAGCGCUGGUGUGUUCUGCCUGUCCCCAGAAUUUAGCCUCAAGCCAACCUCUCUACUUAGUCUGUGUGUUGUGAGUGUUAGGAAUAGCCUAAGUUAGGUUCAGGUCCUAGUUGGGUUCAGGUCCUAGUUGGGUUCAUGCUGCCAUGUCCCUUUAUGCACUACAAGGCAGAGUUAUAUCCAAGCCUUUAAGAUUGAAUGCUGCUAGUCUUGUGUCAAGGUGUAUUUCCAGCUGCUACCAAGGCCUUAAACUCAAAUCAGGGUGUUCAAAUAAUCCAACAUGUUCUUAAUAGAUACCAGUGAGAAUGUGUAUACAGUAGCUGUCUUGAGUCUCUGCGUAAAUACAAUGUGAAAAUCAGUCUUUUUCCUCUAUGUACUGUAUGUGCAGUGUGAAAAGACUGCUAUUAAACAUUAUGCCAAACCCUUA